AUGGAAAAAUCACAGACACAGAAAACAAUAGCAGUAUUUGGUGGCAGUAAUGGAGUCGGCCGCCAAUUCGUAAAGCAAUCCUUAGAUCGCGGUCACCAGUUACGAGUACUAGUACGACCAACAUCCAAAUCAAAAGCACUCGAACAUCACCCUAAUUUAACAACAAUUUAUGGCGAUGCAUUCGAUAGAUCCGCCGUAUUAGCCACAAUUCAACUUGCUAGCAUAAUAUUCUUGUCGAUUGGUCCAGGAUCUUUUUCUAGUAUGGGCAAUUAUCCAACUUCAAAGGCACAACGAACAAUAAACGAAGCGGUUAAUGAGUUACCUGAGGGACACAUACGAAAAAUGAUUCUGGUCUCGGUAGUUGGUAUCGGCUCAAGUUGCGAGGAUACACCAGCGUUAAUGCAGUUUUCUGGGAAUUGGCUCGUACCCAAAUUAUUAGAUGAUAAACGAGCUGCUGAAGAUGCGCUUAAAGAAUUUUGCACUUUUAAAAAUAUCGAGUGGACGGCAUUACGACCUGCAAUACUUAACAAUUGUAAUUUAACACGGAAAUAUCAUGCCUCCGAGCACACCAAAAUCACAAUGCUAAAUGCAAUGGUUGGACGAGCAGACGUAGCAUAUUUUGCAUUAGAAGAAUUAAUUGAACAAAAUUUAUGGGCCAAUACUUCUGUCACAUUAACCUGUUGUCCAUAA